GUUUGACAACAUGAAGUCAUCUACGAGAUUACUAUCACAGGAAUAUUGCUAGGUGUAAGCUGAGUUCAUUCAAUAAAGCAUAGACACAGCUCAUUUCUAUAGGACUUAAUUUGAUUCUCUGGGACUAAUAUUUCUUUGUAGCCUUUUCCUGAGAUUAUAUUAAAAAAAACCUUAUAAAGAUGAAUUUUUAAUCAACUUUAAGAGAGAAAAUGAGGCAUCGACAAAGAUAAAUAUGAAAAGUUUUCUAACUCUGAACUGGCGAUCUUUGAUUGAUAUCCCUUUGUCAAAAAGAGCAUAUUCCCAGCAAACUCAAAACAUUCGCAUAGAAUAUCGUUUUUUAUAAAUAUUUUUCAAUCUCACAAUUUACUUGAUUACCUUAAACCAUGAGAAUGAUAGAAACUUAUUCCGCCCGUGAACAAACCUCAUCAUCUACUGUAUUUUUAAUUAUAAGUCAAACACAGCUCAAAGAAGGUUUUUAACUAGGUAAAUGUUUUUCGUCUGAAAAUAAGUACCAAGAUUGUAUUUGAUAAUUGCCAUAAUUACCGAAAUAAGUUGCAUACCUUAUGAUUCAUAUAAUACUAGAAUCAAACUAUCAAAAUGAUUUUAUAAUUUUUUACAAAAGCAAUUAUACGGGCCUUACUUUUAGCUUUUUUUUGCCUAAGGACAGGGGAGACUGCCUAUUUGCAUUUCAGCACAAUCAACAUUCGGAAUUUGAAUAAAUUUAGAUUGCUCUUUGCGUAGCAGAAUCAAAAUAUUCAUUGUUAAUUGUUUAGCAGAAGUGAUCAUAAAAAAAACCCAAAGGUAUGACUGAUGUCGACAGCAAUUGACUGAUAUACAAUAUGAAAUUGCCAUUUGCUGCAGAAGCCAAUGAACUUUGCACAGGUCAUGUUUGCUAUCUAGAAUACGUCCAAAGUUUGUAAGAAAUGAGAAAUCGAUCAAAUUUAUAAAGUUUUUUUGACAAAGCAUGGACCUGCGAAAACAUUAUUCUUUAAAAGCGGAUAUGAUUGUCUUAGAUUUGCUUUCCUAAUUUCAAGCCACAUGUUUUUCUGUUGAGAACUGGUUGAGCAACUAUAAAUUAUCAAACUUAAAAUCACACCAAAAUCUACUACAUCUUGCAAUGAUGUGACUUUUUCGUGGCUACAAAACCUUGUUGUUAACAUUAUGAAAGCUAAGGUUUAUACGUCCUAGCAUCAAAUGAAAGAGUGUCUUCGUUUAAAAAAAGGCUUAAAUACAAUGACACCUUAUGAGUUUUUCAUAAACAUACAGAACAGGCACAGUUGACGUUGCUAGGGUAUCAACAUUGUAUUGGUUUUAAUGUAUCGAUUAAGGUCUAUGUAAUACAGUGUAGGCUAAAUAAACCACCUGUCUUUUAUUUGCUUUACAAGCGAAUAGAAACAUUUAAAAGGGGUGCUUCAAUAUGUCAUGACACAACUAUAAAGCUGCAAUGCACAUUGUUCGUAUCUUAAUCAAAGAGUGACCGUGGAUAUGGAACGUUUUUUCUUAUUCCUUGUGUUCUUUAUUUUCGCACAAAAUAAGCUUGUUGUAGGCACAAACUUUGGAGUGUCAAAGACCUAUUACAUUCGCCAUUUUGAUGGAAAGUGCUUAGAGUACGAUGAGGUCCGUCAGGUCCUGGUUUACGGUCGACUUUGCCGAGAAAAGUUCCAAUGGCAGGGAGGAGCAAGACUCAUCCAUAUACCAACAAAGAAAUGCAUCAAUAUCAAUGCCACAAGCGAUGGAAGCUUCUUGUCCUUGUCAAGCCAAUGCAGUGGUACAAACAGUUUGUUUCAAUACGAUGAAAGCAAUCGAGUGAUUCGACAUCUUCUCUCUAACAAAUGUUUGCAUCCAGAAAAUAGAGAUGCUGAUCCUGCAAAUAAUACUGCAAUUGUCCUGAAGUCAGGCUGCGAUGGAAACACCAACAAAUUCUACUUCAGAAAGAAAGCCUACUAUAUCAUCCGGCACUUUGGUGGACUAUGUUGGGUUUAUAACUCUGCAGAGAACUUGAUCAAACUGAUGAAUCCAUUUGCAUGCGAUCGCUUUGAGUAUAUGAAUAAUUACCAUUUGAGGCACGUUGAAACCGGCAAAUGUGUUAUUUUCUCAAGUUCAUAUAUACGACUGACUGACGACUGUCAAUCUCCAGAAACAAUUUACAAACUCAACCAGUUCUCUCUACUUGAGCAUGGACCAACUAAUUGUAUACAUCCUUUGAAUGGAGCUUUAUAUCCUGCCAAUGGAAAUUUGCUUAUCCUACAUAGCAAUGGAUGUACUGAUGAAGACCGCGCGAGAUUCUCCUUCUUUGACGAUAAAGAUUUACUUAAAGUCAAGAUCAUAUCCGAAUCCUGUAAGGACAUCCCGCCAGAUACUGAUUGUGCUCAUUGCAAAAGUCACGUGCUAGUCAAUGGCCGUCAACACAGUCUAAACAUGCGUGGGAUAGAUAUCGUUCUCUUUGAUUUCAGAAGUGGCCUAUUUGAGCAUAGGAUGAAUUACGAUGUCGUCGGCAGCACAGUACAUCAAGACAAUUUAGCAACGUUUCUAAAUAACCUUCCCCCAGGGAAGAUCCUGUUCAUGUCAGCAAAGGAUGCAGUUAACAUGAAUAGUGGUCUAGCUCUUGCGCUACAAAAGAUUGGUGUUUCUGCAACAUUUGCAACUGCCCCUGUUCCAAAUGUCAAUAUGUCUCUGGCAUAUGUUGGCUAUACAGGACAGGUGAGAAAAGAUUGGGAGAAAUCUGUUAACAAGAUUGGGGGGUCAGGAGCUUCAAUUAUUGAAGUCAGCAUCAAGACUUUUCAUGAACGGGAUGGAAUUGAUGAUUGUUCAAAUGAACUUGGAGUGCGAACCAGAAAAAUACCGGAUUCUAGGUUUUAUGCAAGGACAAGUUGGAGUAAUGACAUCGACCACAUGCCUCAUAUUGCUAGAUUGCAUUCUUCUAAACCGGGAUGGUGUUCAGGUACUUAUGUACCGGUGUCGGAAUACUUACAGGUGGAUUUCGGAACCAGAAAAAUAUUAAGUGCUGUUGCUAUUCAAGGUAGUGGUUUAAACGGCAGAAAUGGAAUUUCUAAAUUUAAAAUAGAGUACAGUAAUGACGGAAUAAAUUGGGAGUUUUACAAUAGAGGUUUAAGCUCCGCUGUGGAAUUGGACGGUCUACAAGGGGAACAUACUGACCAAUUUGAAACAAAGGUUAACUGGAUUCAAAACAUACAAAUGAGGUUCAUUAGAGUUGUUCCAACAGCAAGAGCUUCUGAUUACUCGACCUGUUUGAGAAUGGAGUUAUUUGGAUGUUCCAUAUCAAAGGGUUUUGUAAGUGUAGAACUUUCGCCAUCGUCUAGCAUGUUUGUGAAUGACAUAUUCACAGGUAAAAUAUCUCUCUUCGGUACCAUAACGAAAAACAUGUCAGUUCAUAUUUCUACGGCCCCAGAUUUCUCUAGCCUUGCGACAAGCAAUGAUCAGUUUCACUUUCGCAGGAUAAAUGCAUCGACAACAGUUGAUAAUGGAACUGUCAUAAUGGACAAUGGUGAGAUAAACCUGCUGACCGACUGGACUAGAAAGAUUGAUAAUGAAGCUCUGAUUCAGUUUGGUUUAAAGGGAGAUAUUUACUAUGCAUUUGAAGUCGACUUUGUCGGAAAGGUGGUAGACGCUGCACAUCCAAUGGGCAAUACCUUUCUAACUAUAACCACAGAAACUGAGGCUGGAAUCCUGGCUUAUUCAACAACGUAUCAAAUCAAAAGAUCCAAGACAGAUUCGAGCAAUCUUCAGUUUAAUUUAACAACGUUCAAUUUGGAUAAUUUGGUUGAAAACAGCUAUCUUUACCUAAACCUCUCAAUUUCCCAUUUGAUUGGAAAAAGCAACUCAAAUGCUUAUGGUGUAACUCUCAUGAUUUAUUUCAAUACCAAAUUUCUUCAGUUGAAAUCACUGGCAUUCGUCAACACAAGUCGCUUCAGUCUACCCCCGUCCAGAAACACAACCACGCCUGGGUUUAUUAUGAUUCAAACUGAUACAAUGUGGCUGCUAAACAGGCAGGAAUUCUCGAUAACACUCCAGGCAAAAUACCCAAAGACUUUAUCAAGAGGAGAAAACUGCAAUGAAGAUAUCAUCAUUGAUUUUGCGUAUAAGAACAACUUGGCAAAAUUCAAUGGAACUGUGAACUCGACUUUAGAGAGGAAUGUGCCAUUCAAAUGCAAAAUUAACCAGAGUAGAGAUAUCAGGGAGAAAUCAGUGAGGUUGCCGUCUCCAGCAUUCAGCAUGAUUUAUGACGAAGUAAAUCAGCAAUUCUUUUUCUGUUAUCAAAAUAAAACACACACGACAAGAGACUCUGCCACUUGCUUUUUCACAGAGAAGCAGAAUGAAUUUUGGCGACAGCUGCCUUACAUUUCCUCACUGAUGGGUGUUGAUGUUGAAAAGAAAACUGUCUAUGGAUUGAGCAGAUUUGGAAUAUCUUAUGCUAUUUCUUAUUACCCAUACAGUGUGUUUGAUCAGAUGGAAGAUUCCGAAUGGACACAAGUAAAGGAUCAAGGGCAAAUCAGAAAAGCUCUGAAAGCAGCCAGUGUUGAUUUGUUACCAGAGUUGCCAGAAAGCUCUUGGAUAAUAGAUGACUCCGGCCAGGCGAUUUGGGCAGCAACAAAAAGAGGAAUCUCUAAAAAAGUAGAUGGAGUAUGGAAACGGAAGGUUGCUUUUGAUGAAUUCAGAUAACGUGCUUUUGAGAUUGACAUUACCAAAAAUCAUAUCUACGUUGGUACUAUUUGUUCUUGCACAGUGUUUAUCUGUUCUAGCACAUGUUUACAUCAUCUUAGUUUCUUGCAUACUAUAAACCCUCACGUCUAGAAGUUCUAUAUUUUAACACACAAUUAGUUCACUUUUGUCACAAUUUGCGUUCUUGAUGUUCACUUUGAGAAACGAAGCAUUUUGGACGUCAAACAAUAACAUUUUUGAAAUGUUUCCUCUAUUAUAGCUUGCCAUUUGCGAUUAAAAACCCUUUCAGAAUGGACAUAUGUUAUUCAUUUUUAAAAAAUUGUCAUAUCAGGUUGGUGACUUAGUAGAAAUGCUCAUUCUAUGGUCUAGGGGUUAAAUCGAUGGAGGCUCAUACUUAGGGAAGAGAGAACUUAAACAAAACCAAGCCUACCUGGCACAACUAAUAACAGGCUCUUGCAUAGAACCUCGACACCGUGACGAAUAUUUGUGGCUAGCUAUAUUUACCAGAAUUGUUAGUAUCCAAUAUUUGCUUUCACUAAGAUUUUGAAUUAGAGCAUUUUGCAUUUCGUCGA